ACACGGUCCGGGCGGCUCCCGCGCCCCCGGCGCCGCGAAGUUCCUCCGCAUCUGCUCCCCUCCGCCGCCCUCGGUCUUUCUGCGUCCCCCGCGCCGCCCCCCGCCUGUUCCGUGGCCGCCUGCCGGCGGCACGGUGCUCUCCCGCCUCCGCCCCACCGCGGGGAGCCGCCCUAGCCUGGCCGCCCCGCGGGCACCCGGCCUCUGCGGGGGCGGCGGGCGGAGAAGUAAAACCAGGCCCCGGCACGGGCGCGGGGCUGGAGCCGGAGCCGCCACCGCCACGGGAAGGAGAUGAUAGGUGGAAAUGAAUCCUGUACUGCAGGACCGAUGCCCAUGUCCUACCUGACCUGCCUGACUUACAUCCUGGGAGAAUGGACUGGCGUGGAGCACAUUGAAGACUAUCUGAGUUAUGCAGUCUACCUUUUAUGGGUGCUUUUGCCACUGGCAGUAGUUUUUAUACUUCCAGGAAGUAUCAUCAUCCUCUUUUAUACUUCCAUUCUCCUUCUUCAUAUUUAUAAAAGGAAGAAUGAACUAAAGGAAGCUUAUUCCCAUGACUUUUGGGCUGGUGGAAAACAAAUGCUGGCUACCCUAUGGGAUGGACAUGGAAGAAUAUGGCAUGGUUAUGAGCUUCAUGGGACUGAAAACAUUCCUGAAGGACCAGGGCUUAUUGUGUUCUAUCAUGGAGCUACUCCUGCUGACUGUAUCUAUUUCAUGGCUAGACUUCUGAUAGAGAAGAAGAGAUACUGCUAUGCAGUAGCUGAUCAUUUCGUCUUUAGAUUACCAGGUUUUAAAAUACUACUUGAUGCACAUGGAGUCAUGCAUGGACCAAAAGAAGAGUGUGUCAGUGCUCUGAAGAAGGGCUCCCUGCUGGCCAUUGCCCCAGGAGGGGUUCGGGAGGCGCUCUUCAGUGACGAGAUGUACACAAUUAUCUGGGGCAAUCGGAAGGGCUUCGCUCAGGUGGCCAUCGAUGCAAAAGUGCCCAUCAUUCCUAUGUUUACACAAAAUGUCCGAGAAGGAGUCAGGACAUUAGGAGGAAUAAGGAUCCUGAGGACUCUCUAUGAGCGCAUCAGGCUGCCCAUAGUUCCUCUGUACGGCGGCUUUCCGGUCAAGCUUCGAACAUUCAUUGGAGAGCCCAUCCCGUAUGAACCAAAUGUCACUGCUGAGGAACUGACUGCAAAGACCAAAGCAGCACUCCAAGCUCUAAUAGAGAAACACCAGAAAAUACCAGGAAAUAUAUUUAGGGCUUUAAUGGAACGAUUUCAGGCACAAAAGAAAGAUGAUUAAGGUCUUCUGAGCAAACUGCUCUUUAGCUAUAAUGUUCUUAAAGUCAUAUUUGUAACUUAUUCUGAUACUAGGUUUGAAAUACUGUCCUUGUGAUACUGCUGUAUAACUGAAGAUGUAAAACUCUUGCCCUUGCCCUUCCCUCUCUCCAGUACCGAGCUCAGGAACCCAAACUUCGAACCAUUCGAGAGCUUAGUUUUUGCUAAGUGCAUUCCUACCUUCAAAGUAUGUUUUUCAGGAGUGACCCUGCAAGUCUUCAUCUACAUGGUCUCUUGUCUUUUGGUUCUGUUUCCCCCACCUGUGGUUGCUCUUUAGCCUGAAUGUCAGACCUGCUGCAGAGCUAGAACCUUCCCGUCGUGAUCAGCGUCACUGGACCCAGGUUUUGCAGCCCACACAGAUGCUGCCCAGCACUUAUAAAAACCUUUAGGUCUUGUGCUGCUGGGGAACUGGUUCUGUGGCCUGCAGACCCUCUAGAUACACCAGCAAAACCUAGGUAUGGCAUUUAGAUUUACUGGGGGAGCUCAGAAGGAGCUUGGAGGAGUGAAAAUUGAUCAGAGAAUUGCUGUGAACCCAGGAAGUUUGUUACGGCAACAGCCCUGGUGAAUGAGAACCCAACACAGAGCUGCUGUUCCAAGCUGACCCAGCUUGGAGAUCUGCCCUUCAGCAGAGAGCUGUCCUGUGGUGUUCUCAGUGGAUCUACAAAUUUUCCUUUGGAAGAGUGAGCCAAGCACUUAAACCUGAAGCAGUGGAAAGGAGAGCACUGCUUAGUCACGUGAGUCAGAAAGCUUUGUUGUGAAGGAAAGACAAAAAUGGGUACAACAGAGCAGCAGUGCUUUUGAAAACAUAGAGAGCCAUUCCCAAAUAGCCUGAAACUGUGAACUGUUCAACACCCAUAGCCUUCAAACAGUUAUUU